UGCCACAUUGUGUAGUGUCUUUUGGCACUUUGAAACGGAAACAUACUCUCCCUGGACAUCUUUUCAAUAAAGAAAUAUUAGAAUUCUGUGGCUUCUUGCAUUCAGGGAAUUAAUGGGGACGAUUUCUGAUGACAUCAAAGUGCUUCUUGAAGAUUGUGAGCUGUUUGUCUCAAGUAUUUUGCAGGAUGAAAAUCUUAGUAAACAUGCUCAAGAAACAAGAGAAAUACUGCUAAACAAUUUUCGAGUUGUCCACAACAGAAAUCCACAGGAAUUUCCGUACAGAUCUGAUCUCAGACAUGAGGACAGUUCCGAUGACAACCACAGUAGCCUGGGACGCUCUGCCCCUUCUGAUGAUCUGUCUGUGGCAUCAGACUAUCAGGAGGACACUGCGCCUGAAUAUUUUGGAGAAAUUCCUACAGCGGCAGCACAAGAUCUCAGUAAUAUUCUGAAGCAGGGCUAUCUGGAGAAAAAAAGACGUGAUCAUAGCUUCUUCAGCAUGGAGUGGCAGAAAAGGUGGUGUGUCCUGAACAAUACCAUAUUCUACUACUUUGGAAGUGAAAAAGACAAACAGCAGAAAGGCUCUUUUUAUAUCAAUGGAUAUAGUGCAGAGCUUGUGUCCACCUUGCGUAAAGAUUCUAAGAAAAACUGUUGCUUUGAGAUGAAUGCUCCUGGAAGGCGCUCUUUCCAGUUCACUGCCAGCAGCCCCCGUGAGGCUAGGGAAUGGGUGGACCAAAUCAAUUUUGUCUUGAAGGACCUGAGCUCUAGCUUCAUUCCCUUUGAUGAUGAUGAAGAAGAGGAAGAGGAGGAAGAAGAGGAGGCAUAUGAUGAUAUAGAAAGGGCAACAACUCCACCACUACAUCCUGGGCAAGUCUCUACAACUGCCCCAGCUCCAGCACCACCACCUGGUGGCCAGGAAAAAAAGAUGGAAAGAGCAGGAGCAGUCAGAGAGGAAGAGGAUGAGGAGGAAGAGGACAUCUAUGAAGUGCUUCCAGAAGAUGACCUGGCUGACCAGCCUGAGGAAAGCACCAAGAAGAGCCAAAGAGCAGAUCCAUCAUCAGACUAUGCCAAUUAUUAUCAAGGCCUGUGGGACUGUGAGGCAGACAAGCCAGAUGAGCUCUCAUUUCAUAGAGGAGACCUCAUCUACAUUCUGAGCAAGGAGUACAACAUCUAUGGUUGGUGGAUUGGUGAGCUGGAUGGUGAUAUUGGCAUUGUACCCAAAGACUUCUUGCACCCUGCAUACAUUAUUUAAACUGUUAAAGUAUCUAUCUAUCUAUCUAUCUAUCUAUCUAUCUAUCUAUCUAUCUAUCUAUCUAUAUCUAUAUAUAUAUAUAUAUAUAUAUAUAUAUAUAUAUAUAUAUAUAUAAUAUUGACUUCUGUUGUAGGAUAUACUUACCUGAGAAUAUAUUAAAUAUAUAAUAUUUCCUCAAAGACACCAGACACUUCUGAGGCUUCAUUAUAUAGGACCAAACAAUUAGGCAUAUAACAGUACAAUAAUAUGUCUGUAAAAUGUGUUACCCUCAUUUUAUACCAUUUUGUGUGAUUGGAUGUAUGUGAUUUUGCCAUGUUUUACAUGCUGUUCUGUUAACUUCACAGAGUGCAAUAAGUGGGUAAAUGGCACGAAAUGUAAAGACGUUUUAUACAACAAUUAGCUAUAAAAUUAACAAGACAUAACAUUAUCACAUCAACAUUGAUUGUCAAUUUUAUACCAGUGAAUGGGUAACUGCAAAGGCCAGCCUGUAUAGUCAAAAAGUAUGCUGGCCAUAAUAGAAAUUCAUCGGAACACCCAGUGCACCACAGCACUAUCACAAGGCCCAUCAGGCAAUUCGACAAUCUCGAUCUGAUUGGGCACCCAUGGGAUGCGCCAAACAAACAAGUCUGAUUCACACAGGCCCCAUUCCGCAACCCACACCAUCAAAAGGACCCCGCUGCCAUCAUCCUGAUGCCAAACACCACCGCACAUGCCCUUGAGGUCAUGCCCUUAGGGGCCAUACAGGUGGCACAAUAUUGUGCAUAAUGUUUUGCAAUAUUAGGACUGAUCUGUGUAUGGUCUUAUUGUGCUCGACAAUUUCUUUGAUAAAACAACUAAUUUUGCUAAUUUAUAUUCAUUUUUUAUAAUAAUAUUAAACAUUUGAAAUUACUGUAUAUACUGUCAUUAUGUGGUACCUACCAUUUUAAGAACCUAGCAGAUGUAAUCAGUGCCAAACAUGAUUACAAAAAUCAUGACAAAAUGUUUGUUAAAUGUUUUAAAAUGUUUUUUAAAACAUGUUUUUGUUAAAUGUUUUAACAAACAUUUUGUCUUUGUUAAAGGGAAGUUGAAUCACCUGCUAAGGAAACACCUGCUCGGGUACCUAAAUCUUUUACACUUAUAUUUUUCAUCAUCAUGUUGUUUUUUAUUUAAUGUUCUUGAAUGUACAAUAUUCCCCCAGUCAAAGUGAAAUAUUAAUUAACGUAAAACCAUUAUAAGAAAAAUUUAAAGAUAUUUGAUAAACUGUAGGUAGUCACAUUCAACAAUAAAAUCCUUCAACAAUGAAGGUUCACUAUGCGGGUACUCAUCAACCUUCCAUACUCGUUAAUCCUUCCAUGUCCAUGACAAGUUAUUUCACACAUACAGUCAAUCCUUUACUAUACUAAGAGGGUCCAAUGUCGAAUCACCAUGGCUUUUUUUUUUUAUCAAAACAGUCUCUAUGUAACCAGUUUCAUUAUUUAUUUAUUUUAGAAAUACUGCAAAUAUAAAUGACCAAGUUUGGCAUGCCCAGUUUAGCCUGACUGCCAUUUAGGGUGAAUGCAGAGAAUUGCUUCCAUGCCAAACUGAAAUUGAAAACCAAUGAAAAAAAAUCUGAAUUUUCUUACUGUUCCAUAAUUAAAAAAAAAAAAAUAACAAAAAUGGCAUUAUUUUUGGCAAUGUUAUGAUGUCUAAAUAGGGUAUCAGACAAAUUGUAUUGCAGUUAAUAUAUAUAAUGUGUUUUCUUCUAGUUCACAAUAAGGUCAAUCCCAUCAUGCCAAGGUUUAAGUUUCACCAUGUCGUCACUGCCUGGCCUGAAAAAAUAAAAUUGUAUAUCAAUAUUUUGUUUGACUGCAUUUAGCAUUGAUUAUGGCACACAAUAUGGUAUACAUAAUAAAAUAUUAUGCCGUAUUGUAUACCAUAAUAUAUUUUUGAAAAUGUACAUUUGAUACUCACUAAAGCAAACAUAAAUAAAAUAAAUGUAGGCCUAUUUACUCUUGUCUACAUCUUACCAUGAUAGGGUAAAAAUAUUUUGCUUGCAUAAUGUCUUGCAGUAAAUUUAAGUGCUGGAGGUGGACCAACAUGCAUUUUUAACAGUCAAAGGCUGUUAAAAAAAACUGCGUAAUAAAAUUAACAUGAAGUGAAAAUCUCAGCAUUUUCUUUGUGAAAUUAUGACGUCUCAAAGGCACAUUACAGUGUAUGUUCCCAUACAUCCUCUCAUCCAGUAUACCUGCCAAAUGUGGGGUGAAGAAUGGCAACUUGGUCGAGUGGAACUUGAUUUGGUCUUCCGCUUGUCAUGGUUUUAGGUGGAUAUUUGAGUAACUGUAGCCUUUUACAGAAACUUAUCUGGGCAUUUUUCUCUGGUCUCUUUUAUCAACCACUAUGAGUAUCCAUCAACAGAACUGCUACUCACUAAAUGUUUUUGUAUUAUUGUGCAUGAAAAAUACAAAUAAUUUCUAAAAUAUUAAAACCAG